AGUUAUAUAUAGAGAGCACAGCGCAGCGAUGAAACAUAUUUUUGCAUUAAUACUAUUCAUCGCAGUAUGCCGCGCAAAGAGCUCGAUAUAUUUUCCGGACGAGUGGGAAAAAAUCAAAAUCGAUGCGCUGCGCGGUGUACCGAUGCACGUUCCUCCUUAUAAAUAUGCAACGGAAAAUUUCAUAAAGCCUCAAAGGAGCAGCCUCCAUGAAAAAUUGAAACUUUAUUCAUUUUUUCCGCCUCAGUGGGAAGAGCAGACUUUCGGGCUGAUCUCGAGAGCGAUAGCGAAUUUUAGCCUGAAUCUGGACCGAGCCAUCGAGGAGUCGAACUCGAGCAACGACGAGAACAUCGUGUUUUCGCCGCUGGCCCUGUCGGCGACUCUGUCCCUCGUGCUGCUGGCCUCGAACGGCGAGACCUUCAACGAGCUGGCCAAGAUCUUAGGCUUCGAGAUCAUUCACGACGUCUAUCACGACUCCGAGCUGGUGCACAAGAUCGUCGGCUUGGCCAAUCAGGAGAUGAUCGAAGGACUGGCGGACGAUCCGGACGGGCCGAAAGCUCGACUGAGUCUCGGGCUCUUUCUCAAAGUAAGCAAAGUUAUCGUCAUACAAAUUAUGAACUCCCCGUCUAAUUCCGGCUAUAAAUACUUUUCCCCACACCAGAGCGGCUAUCUGAUACGCGACGAGUUCCAAUCCAUAAGCAGGGAAUUCUAUCGCGGCGACGUGGUGAAUCUGGAUUUCGAGCACCACAGCCGGGAGGCCCAGCAGGUCAUCAACAAUUGGGUUUACGAGAAGAGCGAGGGCAAAAUCGAGAGCAUACUGGACGAGGUCCCGAGCCCGCUGACCAAGGCGAUCAUAGCGUCGGUGCUGUAUUUCAAUGGCGAGUGGGAUCAACACUUCAUCGACGGAAUCACUCAAAAAGUCGAGUUCAAAAUCGAUGAAAAUCGUACGGUCUGGGUGGACAUGAUGUACAACGACGGCCGAUUUCCGUUCUACAACGAUCCCAAGCUAAAGGUCAAGAUCAUCGGCUUUCCGUACAAAAAUAAUCAGGUAAGCAUGUACGCGAUUCUGCCGGACGAGCCGGGCGCAGCCGCGCUGAGGAAUCUUAAGCGCCGUAUGAACGCCGCGGAUCUCGAGGAGCUCAUCGGCAAGAUGCAGAACAGAAGCUGCCUCGUGGCCUUUCCGCGCAUGAAUCUGUCGAGCGACCUGAACCUCGAGCGGGCCCUCAAGCGCAUGGGCCUCGAGUCGCUGUUCGACCCGGCCACGGCCGAUCUGGGCAUGCUGUCCCAGGGCAAUCCUCUCGGCGGCGACGACGUCCGAGCCUCGCGAUACGAGUCGCCCUUCGAGCAGGACCACUGCCUGGCGCGCCGACUGGACCCGAGCCUCGUGGCGUAUCUGCGCUCGAAUCUGCCCGCAGUCAGGCUGGACGAGCUGAGGCGCGCGGCGGACCUCGUGAAUCCCGGCCUGUUCGCCGACAGUCUGCUGCACCGGGUCAGGAUGCGGGUGAACGAGGAGGGCACCGAGGCCGCCGCCGCAACCGCCAUCGAGUUCAUCGACAAGAUACUGCCGGACGAGCGCUUCAAGGCCGACCGGCCGUUCCUGCUGGCGAUCAGGCACGCCCCGACCAAGAGUCUCUUGUUCUGGGCGACCGUCAACAAGCCUACGCCGUUUUAUACCCAGCCGCCGCCCAAAUUAUGAUUACUUUUUAUCCGCUGUACACACCAUUUUCCACCUCCUCCUCAUUUUUGCAAAGACUUUAUAAAAAUUAGUGCAUAGCUCGUCGAUUGUCGAACGAAUUAUAAUUAAAGUACUCAUAAAAGUGUGACUAAUUUGUUGACUUUUUCAUUCGUGCGUAUUAAGGCAAACGAUCGCUCGAGUUACCAUGAAUUUUGAAAAUUAAAAGCCCAAAUCCUUUCUUGGGAUCAUCCGGUGCAGCGGCUUUAAAAACGUUUUGAGCGAUCGCGUGCACUGCAUCGUG